AUGAAGCUUUUCCUGGCUGUCUUGCUGGCCGUCGUCCUGUGCGCGCAGCAAGCUGACUCGCUGUGGUGCUUCACGUGCGAAAACCAAUCCAACAACUGGAGCUGUCUGAAGAUCACAAAGUGCUCGGAUGUGGACAAGCACUGCCUGACGACUGUUGGUUAUGCGGGGAUUGGCAUGUGGACAGCCAAGAGGCGAAUCACCAAGAAAUGCUCCCCAACCUGCCCACAGUUCAAUAUCAACCUGGGCAUAGCCUCCUACUCCACUGCCUGCUGCGAGAGCUCCUUGUGCAACCUGAGUGGGAAGCCGGCACCCAAGGCAGGUCCUCACUGA